AUGAGUCUUCAAAACAACGUUUUAAACCAAAUACACCAGGUUUUACUACCCACUGCGCCCACUCUUGAUAAACCUAACACCGAUGAAAUAAAAGAUGAAUCUUCCUCGGUGGAAAAUACAGAUGGAAGAAACCACCUCACUAAUCAACCACAGCCCAACAAUCUGAGUGCUCCUUCCACCAAUUCUAAUGGUGAAUUCAUACCGCAUAUUUUUUAUUCGCUACAUCAAAUAAGGAAAGACCCAAAUAAUCUUUCAAAUCAAUUGGAAACCUCAACAGGUUCUAUUAGGCAUCGCUUGAAACUUUGUAAAUCUUUGAUAUCGGAUAACGAAGACACCAAAAACCUAUUGAGCAAAACUCCAUCAGAGUGGCGGGAUAUCAUUCAUCAACGCGAACAAGAAUUGCAAAUCAAGAGAGAUGUUCUGGAUGACCUUUAUCAUAAAUUACAACGAUAA